AAAUCCCGUCUCCGUUUCUUUUCCUCACACACGAAGGAGCUAGAAGAGAGGAAGUAAGCAGUGCUCUGAGAGAGAGAGAGAGAGAGAGAGAGAGACACACACACACACACACACACAAUGGCGGGCGAUUCAAAAGAACAACACCUCUCUCUAAGUGUUUACAGCAGCCUUCGGAGGCUCUCCUGUCCCUCUGUGGACGGUCUUUACCUGAGAGAAGCGGGCAGCAUGCAGGAGCUCCUCUGCACUCCUUCAUUGCACCGCAUGGACAUACUGAAAUGGAUUUGUACCAGAAUCUGCCCAUCCCUGAGAGACAAGUUCUCAACAAUCAAAUCGUCAGAGACAGAAGAAGUGGCAAAAGAAAUCACACGGUUUGGCCAUGAAAUGCUGUUAUGUAAAUCGGAUGACCUGGAGUUAAUCAAGGGCUUUGCCACACCAUUACGGCAGCUUUUGUUUUUGGAACAGCUUUUAAUGAUUGCUGGACAGCAGGACACAUCAUCUGAUGACAUGUGCAGUGAGUCUUCUGGAGGUGGCAGCGUGACAAAUGAGGAUCUGCUGAAGGAGCUGAUGUCACCUGACCACCUAACUGAUCUGAUCCAGCUGAUGAAUCCUGUGUGCAAUCCUUGGUCUGCCCACAUCCAGGAAUACUUAAAAGCAACACAAUCAACUCGGGCUAAGCCAAACAGCAGUAAAACCGAUGAGAAUCAUCAUCAUCAUGAUUCAGGAUGUGGUAAGCUUAGUAAUGACAGCAUAGCUGAAGCAACUGCUCUGCUGCAGUCCACUCGGUGUACAUUGGAAGAGCUACGUAAAGAGUGUGAGUUCCUGCAGUUGGAAGCGUCAGGCCCUGCAGCCUCGCUGUCACCCUGUGCUUUAAAAGUGGCUAUAUCAGACAUGGCUCAGCUUAUGACGGCCUUCAGUCAGGUCUACAACACGGACUUCAGGGGCUACUGCCAGAGAGCACCUCCUGUCCUUAAUCCGAACGCCUGUGUCUUCCAGUCUGUGCAUCAGCUCCUGCACCACUGCAAUAUGGAAUUAGAAGCACUUCAGCAGCUGUCCAAAACCUCAUCCACUCUGACUGGGAUUGUGACGCAGAUACAGACAGACAGGCAAUUUUGGGCCAAUGGAGAGAAACAUACACUACCCAACCAACUGGAGGCCCUGAAGAAUAGAUUCAGUGCUUUUUUGUCUCCUCACCAGUCAUGAGAUUUUUAUUGUUUCAGCCUGAACAUGUGUUGUACACUUACUCAUCUAAGGUCUCAGCUUCAGAAUAGUCUUUCAGAACCUGUUUCUACAGUUUCCCCAAUGUAUUUCCCUCAUGUAAAUAUUUAAUAUUAUCUAGGCCAUCUGAUUUGACUAAAAACCCUAAAUUUAUAGUAAAAUACCAAAACUCUGCUGUAAAUAAAAAUAAAUAAUUUCUAACAAAUGACCAUUUAUGCUGUACUUUAAUAUUUUUUAAGUGUCCUCACUAUUUCAUCCCUCUGUUCCGUAAGUAGGUGUGGUGGUGGAGGGACAGACUGUUUGAUUUUUGAUCAACUGCAAGUUGGUUCAUCUGAAUACACUAGGCUAGACAGCAGAGGUUUAUUCUUGGAUAAAUUAAUCCUGGCUCUCGUUUCUGUUAUAUAUGAUAUGGAGAAAGAAAGGACAAUAUCUAAUGCAGCAGACUUUCCUUUGAACACACUGGGAACUGUGGAGGUAAGCAGACUGAAGUGUGUUGUGUGUUAGCUUUUGUCUGUUAUGCCGUCAGUGCAGGGAAUUUUUUUUCACCUACCAGUUUAAAGUGUGUACUGGCAAUUAUAAAUUUUGGGGUUUUUUUUUUCUGUUGAAUCUUUAACAUUCAGUAGUCCUUCUGGGCAAUAUUCUUCCUUUUUACAUACAGGACAAUAUUUUGUGUAUGUGUAUAUAGUAAUCCACUUAUGUCAUUAUCUUUUAAUAUGUACAGUACAGUGAGAACUCAACAGCAAAGUGAAACUCCAUGUAUACACAAGUGUACUUGUCCAACAAAGCACAUUUCUUAUCCUGAUUUAUUCAAAUGCUGCACUAAACUGAGUUGGUCUUUAAUUGUUUGUGACCCAUUGGCCUAUUUUUUUUUUUUUGGUGGUGGUAAUUUUUUCUGCUGGGAUACUGACCGCCAACUCAAAUAUAGCACUGUGGUGACAGAAUUGUUCCUGCUGAAAAGGUUCUUUCGUGUGAGCAUACCAGCAUGUCCUUGUUUUAUUUAUUUGUUUUUGGUUUUAAGUCUGAAUUCAUUCCACACAUAUGAAAUGGCAUUAGAAUAAUGCUCAUAACUAAUCUUUUCCUAAUGUCUCAGUUCCCUCUGAAAGUAUUGGAAUGGCAAGGCCAGUUCUCUUGUUUUUACUAUACAUUUAAGAUGUUUGGGUUUGAGAGCAAAAGAUGAAUGGGACGAUAGAUGAGAAUUUCAGCUUUCAUUUCCUAAUAUUUUUCCUGAUAUCUAGAUGUGUUAAACAACUUGGAACAUGACACAUUUUGUUUGAACCUACCCAAUUUUCAAGUGAUCAGAAAUAUUAUAACUUUUUUGGUGACUGACUGGCCUUUCUUGUUGCCCAGGUAUGCCCUGUUCAAUUGAUUGUUUAAAGAAUUACUAGCUCUGCAUGUCUGCUCUUGGUUUGAACCGUGGGUUUUGCCUGUGAAGACUGCAUUGUUGUAAAAAAGAAUAAAUAAACUUGAAGAUAGAAGCAGAAUGAAUUCAGAAGUCUACGGAGACAUUUUCUUUGCUGGUUUACAGAGAAAUGCAUCCAAUUUAAUUUGGAGGAACUUCAUCAUGCAGCAAGACAAUGAUCCAAAACACACUGCCAGUACAACAAAGGACUUCAUCAGGGGGAAAUAGUGGAAGGUUUUAGACUAGCCAAAUCAAUCACCAGACCUUAACCCAAUUGAGCAUGCAUUUCACCUCUUGAAGAGGAGACUGAUGGGAGAAACCUUCCAAAACAAACAACAACUGAAGGAAGCUUCUAUAAGCCUGCAACACAGUUUGUGAUGUCAGUGGGUCACCAGCUUGAUGCAGUUAUUACAAGCAAGGGAUAUGCAACCAAAUAUUAAGUUACUUUCUUCAACUAUCUGUUCUAAUACAUUUGCUCACCUAAUACAUAUGCCCAAAUUCGUCUGCUACCAAAUAUGCAAUGUUCUAAGUUGUUUAACACAUCUAGAUAUAAAGAUCAGGAAAUAGAAGCUGAAAUUCUGAUCUAUUGUCUAAUAUGAAUCUUUUGAUCUAAAGCCCAAAUGUCUCCAGUGUAUAGCAAAAACAAAAAAUUGCUUUCGGAGAGAAAUGCAUGUCCAGGUUAAUCCAAUUUUUAGACUAAGUCUUCAAAUAG